CACACUCACACUUUCACGUGCUGCAGCUGUCAGGAGAAAAAAUCAUUUAAAUCGCGACUCCGCGCAAAAACAGAAAUUACCAGUGAAAAUAGUGGUGAAAAUCUUCAGAAAUGGCUUUUGUCAAUAGAUUAAUGCUUCGUCCUCUGUAUCAGGCCUCAAGAGCUAUUCAUACAACAACUGCAGCUGCCAACGCGACUCCAGUGGCCAAACCGGAGGGGCGCAUAAAAUGCACCAUGAUCCCUGGAGACGGAGUCGGACCGGAAUUGAUGUAUUCCGUCCAGGAGGUGUUCAAGGCAGCCGAUGUGCCAGUGGACUUUGAGACCUUCUUCCUGUCUGAGGUCAAUCCUCUGCUGAGUGCUCCGUUGGAGAAUGUAACGGGGUCAAUUAGUAAGAACAAGAUCUGCCUGAAGGGAAUCCUGGGAACGCCAGAUUACAGCCGAACUGGCGAGCUGCAGACGCUCAACAUGAAACUCCGCAAUGACCUAGAUCUCUAUGCCAAUGUUGUUCACGUGAAGAGUCUCCCAGGAGUCCAGAGCCGACACCAAAAUAUCGACUGCACAAUUAUCCGGGAGCAGACUGAGGGAGAGUAUUCAGCUCUGGAACAUGAAUCUGUUCCUGGAGUUGUGGAAUGUCUCAAGAUUAUCACAGCAAAGAAAUCUCUGAGAAUUGCAAAGUUCGCCUUUGACUAUGCCACAAAGAACAAUCGCAAGAAGGUCACUUGCGUCCACAAGGCGAACAUCAUGAAGCUGGGCGAUGGACUUUUCCUCAGGAGCUGCGAGGAAAUGUCCAAGCUCUACCCUAGGAUUCAGUUUGAGAAGAUGAUUGUGGACAAUACAACGAUGCAAAUGGUCUCAAAUCCUCAUCAGUUCGACGUGAUGGUCACUCCGAAUCUCUACGGAAACAUCCUGGACAAUAUCGCGUCUGGACUCGUGGGAGGAGCUGGAGUUGUAGCCGGAGCUUCCUAUUCAGCUGAACAUGUUGUCUUUGAGCCGGGUGCACGACACACCUUUUCAGAAGCCGUGGGCAAGAAUGUGGCUAAUCCAACAGCCAUGCUCCUCUGCGCCACCAAAAUGCUUCGACAUGUGAAUCUUCAGCCUUACAGUGAUCUUAUUUUGAAUGCAGUAGGGUCCGUGUUGAAGGCCGGAAAGGUUCGCACUAAAGAUUUAGGAGGACAGUCUACAACAAAUGAAUUCACUUUCGCCGUAAUUGCAAAUCUGGGCUAAAGGUCAACUGAAGAUCAACUCCAGGUACUUAAGAGAUAAUACCAAAAGUGAAAGUAAUAUUUAUAAUCUCCAUUUGUUGAUAAAUGGUCGAAUAAUAUUUAUUUAAUUGUUGACGAUUCACCAAGAGUAUUGAGUUGUACUGUUACCGCAUUAUUUCAGAAUGAUGAUUGCUACAGGAACAUUAAAUGGUAAAUAAAUCACUCGACGAUGUUUUAAAAACCUCAGUUAA